UUCCCCCCCCCCCCCCCCAAUCUCCCCCAAUCUCCCCUCACGACUUUACCAUUAAGAUCAACAACACAACCAUUGGUCCUUCCAACUCUGACCUCUCCUUUGGGCCCCAAAUCCAAUCACUGGCUAAAUCUUGCUGUCUCAGCCUCCGGAACAUUUCCAAAAUCCCUGACCAAUGACACCACAAAACAACUUAUCCACGCCUUGGUUAUAUCCCGCCUCCAUUAUUGCAACUCCCUCCUCACUGGUCUACCGUUACACAGGCUAUCCCCCCUUCAGUCUAUUAUGAAUGCUGCUGCUAGACUCAUACACCUUACCAACCGAUCAGCGGCUGCUGCCCCUCUCUGCCAAUCCCUUCACUGGCUUCCAUUCAGUGUCCUCCACCCCUCUCUGCCAAUCCCUUCACUGGCCUCCAUUCUGUGUCCUCCACCCCUCUCUGCCAAUCCCUCCACUGACCUCCAUUCAGUGUCCUCCACCCCUCUCUGCCAAUCCCUCCACUGACCUCCAUUCAGUGUCCUCCACCCCUCUCUGCCAAUCCCUCCACUGGCCUCCACUCAGUGUCCUCCACCCCCUCUCUGCCAAUCCCUCCACUGACCUCCAUUCAGUGUCCUCCACCCCUCUCUGCCAAUCCCUCCACUGGCCUCCACUCAGUGUCCUCCAUCCCUCUCUGCCAAUCCCUCCACUGGCCUCCACUCAGUGUCCUCCACCCCUCUCUGCCAAUCCCUCCACUGACCUCCAUU